AUGCCUGUAACUACUAGAUCUAAAUCUAAAAGAUGUUUCUCAUCUAUUGCAAAUGAUGUAGAGUUAUAUCUUUCUAAAACUUCUUAUCCACAAAAGCUUUUUGACGAUCAUCACGAUAUGACACAUCCUUGGAACCCUGUUUGUGAUUACCUUUGCGAGAGACAGGAUCUUGUUACCUCGAUUAUGCAGAGACUACUCGAUACAAGGGUUCUGGUUAUCCGUGCUACACCUUUUGUAGGCAAGACAGUUAUUCUUAAGCUACUAGGUUAUCACAUAGUUGAGGAGCACAGGGAUCUAGAACCAGUGUACAUCGAGUGGAAGACUAUGAAACAGCGUAAUAAUCUUCCAUUUGACAAAUAUCUGGGAAACGAAGCAUCAAAGUGGCAAUCAAAAAACUCCAAAGUUCGUCCUCACAAUCCUGCAGCUAGAAAGGUAUUCCUGAUCGACGAAGCCCAAAAUUCAUACGAGGACGGAGAAUUUUGGCAUCAAAAUUUGAAAAAUUAUAAUACCAGAUCGCAAUCAUUAUUCGUGCUUGUCUGUCUUUAUGGAAUUUCAGGCAUUUCCGCAGCUCACGAACCAGGGAUUGCAUCUCAAGCUCUUCUAGUUGAUUCAUUUCAACGUAUCGAACUUCGUCCAUCUGCAAAUAAUAAUCUACACAUACUCUUUACACCAAAAGAAACAUCUGUUAUGGUGAUGAAGUGGGCUACAGUGCAGAACUUUCAACUUGAGAAUGGUAUGUUUGAAUAUCUUCAUGCUGCUACUAAUGGUCAUCCGGGCGUACUUGACAUGAUCUUGAAUUAUUUGAAACUUUGUUUCACCAAUGGUGAAAGCGGCAUUGCGCACGGCAGCAGAGCUAUUGCAUGGUUAUACUCUACCGAAUGGAGAGUCUAA